AUGGUUAGCAAUGAUCAAUCGAUUUCUUUUUUUCUUCUUCUAAAUCAACCUUUUCAACUGGCGUCAUUUCGAUCUAGUAUUCAAUCUUUAAGUCGAUCAGCAUGGAAAGCAUGGGAACCUGUCACUAUGAUUCCAUGUCUUACAAAAGAUCGACUUUCCAUUCAUUUGCUUCAUCGUCAAGCAUGUCUUAAUAGUCAAAAUAUUUAUAUCGAUCCUGAAUCAAGAUUACAAGUUCUCACUCGAUAUGCUCAUCUACAACGAGGAAAAUGUUGUGGUAAUCAAUGUCGUCAUUGUCCAUAUGGUCAUAUGAAUGCUGAAAUUAAUUUUAGUCGACCUCAAAAAAUAUUUAACACAUCUUAUUAUGAAUGA